AUGUCGAACGAGGACCGAGGAUACAUCCCGAAAUGGGGCGAGCUGCCCGUCGAGCAGUACCUGAUUGCACGUUUCCCUUUCAAGCUCUCCUGCCCAAGCACGACCACUAACGUCCCGCAGAGACACUGGGACUCUGCAGCGACAGAGUCCGCCGACGAACAGCGCCUCCGGCUCAUCCGGCAAUUCAUCGAUCUGGAUGAGAUACCCCGCGAAUGGGAUCCCGUCAACUACGGCGCACCGCCGCCACGCAUGCCCACGGCGGAGGAGAUCGACACGGUCCUGCGUCCCUGGCGGUCGGACGAACUGCGCCAGCAGGCAUGGCAAAUCCUGGAAUCCGGCAACGCCGCCCCGAUCCUCCUCCGGACGCACUACGACCCAGAGGGCGACGAGAAGAUGGAGGAGUGGAUCGGCGCGUCGGAGGAAUUCGAGAACCAAGCCUGGUGGGCGUGUCUGAACGAUCCAGCUCUCUUCGACUUUGGCUCCGACUGGCAGCGCGUCUACGACAUCGUGCCCGAGGUCGCAGGCCCGGUGGGCGGUGCCGGGUACCGGCGGUACCCGGCAUCGGAAAUCGUCGAAAUGUCCCGAACGCAGUUCAAGACCUCGUUCGGCAAGGCUAAAGAGAAUGAGCCUGAUCGGUGGCGAGAGGAUCGGCAUCGGUUCGUCGAACUCGAGGCAGCCGACCUCCUCCGCACAGUGGCAGCAGCGUACAUUCUUGUUGCGGAUCAGGAGACCUUUGAGACCGGUGGCCAAUUGCGUCUGCUCUAUCUCGACGGGAAGCGGAACGUCAUCCGGGAGACCCGCGUCGAGGCCGAUGCGCAGACGAUCACAGACGUCAUCAUGGACUGGGAUCAGUUGAAUCUGCCGCCGGACCUGUGGGAGGAGGGGACCAUCGGCGAUAGGUACCGCGUUACCGGGGAUUUGGGGAGGGAGCUGUAUCAAUUGAGCGAGGCUGAUAUGGCGGAUCCCUGA